AUGGAAAGUCGGUACUACGAUAUCGAUGCUGCCCAGACAGGAACAUGCGAGUGGCUAUCCCAGCACAAAAUGUAUAGAGAGUGGGUUGAGAGAAAUCGAGGUCUGCUUUGGAUCAAGGGCAAACCAGGCUCUGGAAAGUCGACUUUGUUACGGCAUGCUCUGGAUGACGCAAAGAAAAAACGCAAUGUGAAAGAGAAUCUCUUGAUUCUCUCAUUCUUCUUCCACGGCCGUGGUACAGAACUGCAAAGGACGCCAGAAGGCUUUUAUAGGUCGCUCCUUCACCAGCUCAGCAAGACUCCUGACGCAGUGUCAGAUGUAGUCAGCACUUUCCAAGAGAAGUGCGAGACUUUUGGUGAGGUAGGCAAAGCGUGGCAAUGGCAUCCCAAGCAGUUGCGCGAAUUAUUCGAGUCCUCAAUUCGAGAAGCAUUAAAGCUUCGACCUAUCUGUUUAUUUGUCGACGCUUUAGAUGAAUGUGGUGAAAAGGAUGCGACGAUGCUAGCCCAAAGAUUCAAGGACUUACUGGACAGUCUCCGGUCCACCGCCUACAAUUCGUUUCACAUCUGCUUCACAUGUCGUCCAUACCCUAUUGUGGCCUUGGACAGUGAGUUUGAGAUAUGUGUGGAGGAGGGAAACGGGACGGACAUAUCCAAUUUCGUGGGACAUCAGCUUUCAGAGCUAGAACCAACGAUAUUACCAAGGAUUCUGAACUUGAUCACCGAACGCGCCAAUGGCGUAUUCCUAUGGGCUUCACUGAUAGUGAAGGAGAUUGUAAGUCUCAAUCUGAAAACUACGAAAUCAGAAGAAAUGGAAGACGCCAUUCUUCAGGUUCCCCAAGAGCUCGAUGACUUGUACCGCAAGCUUAUCGAAGAAAUGGGGUCGGACUCUGUGUUGCUCAUCCAAUGUAUCUGCGUUGCCAUGCGGCCAUUGUCAAUAGCCGACUGGCGAUGGGCUAUGGCUAUGAAGACUGAUUAUCCAUAUUCGUCGUUACAGCAAUGUCAAUACUCCCCAGAUUACAAGCCAGAUGAUAAGAGCAUAAAGAAAGAAAUUCAGACACUCAGCCACGGUCUUAUUGAGGUCACAUCGAAUAAAACUAUUCAGUUCAUUCACCAGACUGUCAAGGAUUUCUUUGUCGAGAACGGUCUAUGGCUGCUCAAACCGCUUGGCAGCGUGCCCGUCGGGAUAUCCGAAUCCGAUUUUGCCGUCGGAAUGGCACAUUACGAACUGUCUAAAAUCUGCGUACGCUUUCUGAAAAUGGUGCCGAAUACCGGGAUCUUUUUCAACUCAGCUGGAAGGACGUAUGAUCUUUCUCUGUCAAGAUAUGCUAAGAUAGAGUGGGUGCAACACGUACAACAAAGCGAGCAGAGGGGGAUUCUUCAAGAUGCUGUCCUUCAGGAUAAUCUCCUCGACUGUUUUCCUUGGCUGAUGGAAACAGUUCCUAGCCCGUUAAUGCGGGCUCAUUGCACAUUAUUUUAUCACAGCCUUCAGUACAGUUAUCAAAUGUCAUACUUAUCCCACGUUGCGUCAAGAUUUGGCCUCACAGGGCUAUUACAAGCAAUGCUCCGCAGAAGUAAGAGUGUAAUUGAUGAAAAGGAUGAGCGUGGCCGAACGCCGCUCUUGUUCGCUGCAGAGAGAGGACACGAAGCUACGGCUAGGCUUCUGCUUGGGUAUGGCGCUGAUAUGGAGGCGAACGACGAGAACGGCCAGACACCGCUAUUCUUUGCCGCUGAGAUUGGACAUGAGGGUGUCGUACGGCUGCUACUUAAGCAUGGCGCUGCAUGUGGUAAUAUAAAGGACUGUCAGGGUAAGACACCACUAUUUAUCGCCGCCGCCCGAUGGGACGCGAAUCCAGCUGUUAUACAGCUACUACUUGAGCAUGGAGCUGCAUGUGAUAUUAAUGUAAAGGACCAUCAGGGUAUGACACCGCUAUCGAUUGCCGCUUACAAAGGGGACAAGAGGACCCUGCAGUUGCUCCGCAAGUAUAGGGAUGGCAGGAAUGCUUAG